AUGCCGCCCUUCCCCGCGUCCAGCACGACCCUGCUCUCGUCGGCCUCGGCGGGCUCCUCGGACGAGCUCGAUGACCUGGACGACCUCCCCGCCAAGCCCACGGAAGCAGAGAUCCUGUCCCAGAUCCACCGCCUCCAUCUCGAGCUCGAAUCCGUCCGCGGUGAUCCUACCGAGCCCGACGACGACGCACAGGACGCCACCCCCGCGCACUCCAGCGCUGGGAGCAGGUCGUAUACAAAGCUUGAGGGCCUCUCGCAGCAUGGCGCCACCAGCCCCCGCCUCAUCGUCGUGUCCAACCGACUCCCUGUCACCGUGCGGAAGGAUGAGUCUGGCGAGUGGAACUUUCGCGUCAGCUCCGGUGGCCUAGUCUCCGCGCUCGCGGGCGUUAAGAACAAGAUCCCCUUUGUUUGGGUGGGGUGGACAGGUGUCGAGGUCGCCACCUCGGAGCAAGAUGAAAUGAGCCGCCGCUUUCAGGAGGAGAUGAAUUGUUACCCUGUGUAUCUCAGUGCGGCCGACGCCAACCUCUAUUACAACGGGUUUUGCAACGAGGUGCUGUGGCCGCUCUUCCAUUACGUCCCGCUCCCAAUCGUCUCGUCGGAUGGUGAGCGCAAGUUCGACUUCAAGUACUGGGAUGCGUACUCAAAGGCCAACCAUCGCUUCGCAGAGGCCGUUAUGCAGGUCUAUGAACCGGGCGAUUUGGUCUGGGUUCAGGAUUACCAUCUCAUGUUGCUCCCGAGCUUGCUGCGAAAACGCAUCCGCGAUGUUACCAUCGGCUUCUUCUUGCAUACCCCGUUUCCCAGCUCCGAAGUCUACCGCAUUUUGCCCGUCCGUAGCAAGGUCUUGCAAGGCGUCUUAGCCGCUGACCUCAUCGGCUUUCAUACCUAUGACUAUGCCCGCCAUUUUCUCAGCGUGUGCACCCGCAUCCUCGGCUUGGACGCCAGCCCAAAGGGUGUCACUUACAAGGACCAUUUUGCCAAUGUUGGCAUCUUUCCAAUUGGAAUCGACCCCAACGCUUGGAUUAAAGCGCUACGGAGCCCGUCCGUUAAGGAGCGCAUUCUCGAGCUCGAAGAAAAGUUUCGAGGCAAAAAAGUCCUCCUGGGCGUCGACCGCCUCGAUUAUAUCAAGGGUGUGCCACACAAACUCAUGGCCUUCCGAAAUCUGUUGUCCAACCAUCCGGAAUGGAAGGAAAGGGUCGUACUUGUUCAAAUUGGCGUCCCGUCCCGAACGGAGGUCGAUGAAUACAAGAAGCUCAUCAGCCAGACAAACGAACUCGUGGGCCGUAUCAAUGCCCAAUACGGGAGCGUUGAGUACGCCCCAAUUGUGUUUAUUAAUCAGUCGGUCAACUUUGACGACCUCUGUGCCUUGUAUACGGUUGCGGACGUGGCGGUUGUGACCUCAAUACGAGACGGCAUGAAUCUUGUUUCGUAUGAGUAUGUCGUAUGUCAACAGGAGCGUCACGGCGUUUUGGUACUGUCCGAGUUUGCGGGUUCUGCCCAAUCGCUCUCUUCUGCAAUACGCGUCAACCCGUGGAACACCGAGGAGCUUGCCAAUGCUAUGCAUGAAGCGCUGACUGUUCCUGAGAGAGAACGAGCUCUCAAACAUUGGAAGUUGUAUCACUAUGUGACCAAGCAUACUGCAGCGUUCUGGGCUCGUUCUUUUGUUAGUGAGUUGCAACAAAUUGAAAGACUGAUGAAAAUGCAAGAUGUGCACAAACCGAAGCAAUCCUUACUGCGCGUGUCGGUGGAUAUCAUUCCAGAUAUGCGUUCAAGGACCAAACGAUUGUUUCUACUCGAAUAUGAAGGCACCCUUUGUGCGCCUGUCUCCCUCGCUGAUCUCGGUUUCCCAACAUUAUCAAUGAGGAGGUUCUUGCUGAGGCUCUCUUCAGAUCCUGGCAACUUUGUAUAUAUCCUAUCUGGCCGGUCCAAGGACACGUUAGACAGCUGGUUGGGUGACCUCGGUGUCGGUCUCGUGUCGGAACACGGAUGUGAUUAUCGACACCCGCACUCGACGACUUGGGAGUCCCUCAUAACGGUCAGCGAUACGUCAUGGAGACUCAGCGUCAUACCAAUUUUGCAAUACUUUACGGAGAGGACACCUGGGGCGCAUUUGGAGGCUAAGGACAACAUUGUGACUUGGCAUUUCCGGGAUGCCGACCCGAUGUUUGGCUCGUGGCAGGCCAAGGAAUUACAAUUGUUGUUGGCAGAGAAUUCCAUGAACUUGCCUGUGGAAGUUGUUUCUGGCCACAAGUAUCUUGAAGUGCGCCCCGUAGGUGUGUCCCGGGUGAACGCUGUGCGAAGAAUCCUUUCGGAACUGUCGGAAGGAGUUGACUUUGCCUUUGCAAUCGGUUCGGAUAAGGCAGACGAGGAUGUGUUCUCAUUCUUGAACACGUAUGUCAGAACUGGAGAUGGCCGCGUAUCGACUUUGGCCUGCCGAGUAGGGGGGAAGUCCGAUAACUCGGCUGCUGACCGAUAUUUACCUGACGUGGAACCAGUUUUCCGUCUGCUGCGGGAGCUCGCUCCAAAUCCUUCCGCGGCACCGAAAAAGACGCGCGCUGUUGGCGGGACGAGUGGGUUGAGUGGACCCAAACCGAGCCUACUGGCAAGACGGAAAGAUAUCAUUCAAAGCCUUACCGAGCGUCAGCGCUCCAAUAGCUAUGACAACGGCAUGUCGUCGGUGUUCACAGGCAGACGGUCUACUCAUCGGGACCCGCUUCCAGACGGGGUGAGCUACGAUUCCUUGGUGGUGCCGCCGAAAGUUGCCGCGGAUGCACCAGGGGACAAGGCGCGUGGCGGUAUGUAAGAAAAGGGUUGUAGGUUUUGUAAAUGUAUGGGUAAUGUACUUUUUUUUGUGA